AUGAGUGGUGAUGACGAUGACGUGUUGGAUCUGCUUUUGUCAUCCGGUGGUGAAAACAGUGAAGUGGGUGAAGAAGGAGACCGGCCUCUAAACUUAAGUAUUGAAAAUGAUGACGAGACGGAGGUGGUUGGGAUUGGUGACCGUGGUGCUGCUGCUAGUAGUGAAGCAGUCCAGACACCUACAGAUGAUGAGUUGCGUUUUAUUCAGAACAAAGCGGAUGCCAAAGAGUUUGGUCCCGAGGUGUACAAACGGUGGAAAAAACUGCAGCGUCGGUUGCACCGGGCACACGGAGGCGAAGAUGAUAGAAGAGGUAAACCAAGAAAAAGAUCCAAGAGUAGGAGGAGCACGCACAAAACUAAGGAAGGGAAGCGUGGCAGUCGGAAGUCCAAACGCAAUAGGGAUGACAUCGAACAUUAUUCUGCUGAUGUUGAAGUCUAUGAGGGAUUUGACACUAAAGAUGGUGUGCGACAUUCCAGGGAGAAGCGCAGGCGGAAAAGUUCUCGUACCGAUUAUCGUUUAGUGGACGAGGGUAUCGCUGACACAAACCAGGCUUCAUCCUCGGAGUUGUUGGAUUCCUUUCAGCAGGAUUACCGAAGCGACGUGCUGGAGAAUCGGACUCGCAAGGGCACCAAAAAGGGCACUCAGCUGAGUAGUACAACAACGAAUGGUGCGCGGCCAAAAAAGCUGUCCGUGGAGGCGCAGCAGAAUUUGUUGAACAAAAGGGCCGCUGCAGUGGUAGACGCGAUGCGGAAAGCGCGGGUAGAUGAUAAGUGUGCUAUGGCUGGGAACGAACCACCGUUGCAACGUGUCCGCAUCUGUGACCGUGUUGCUGCGUAUGCCCAUUGUCGUGUGCUUCAGCGGUAUCUAAUCGAAAACGGUAUUUUGCAGGAGCUAAGUACAUGGUUAUACGACUUUGAACGGCGUGAGCUUGCGCCGUACGAACUCCGUACUGCCGCACUCGAUAUCUUGCUGAGUUUUCCCAUCCAAGGUGAACUGGAGGGCACCGUACUCGCCAAUGGUGACGAGAUUAUUGAUGACUUCACCGGUAUGACGCGCGAUCACCUUUUUAAUACAGACCUUGGGGCCGCUGUUAAUAAAGUUAGGGAGGACAAAGAUGAGAUUCACGAAAACCGUGCUAAAGCUGUGCUACUUAUGGGGCGCUUGAGCCGCGCCAUGGCGGGUGGUGUUAGCCGUGCAGGUCGUCGUGGCUGGACCACCUCAUCCGCCAGGUCUCCACACGAUGCCGGGGAGGAACUUUCGGGGAAUAAAAAAGCACUUUCAUGGAAGUGUCAGGGUGAUCCUACUGUAGCUCCACCGUUUCAUAUCGUGCAGACGGCGACGGAGGUGUUUCAGCGGGCUUUGGCACAACCAGAUCCAUUGGACCCUCUUUCUUACUUACGAACGCCUUCCUGGCGUCCCCCGAAACCAACCGCUACAAAUGUAAGUCAACGAAAUUAA